AAUUGAGCCGAUUUUCGAAUAUCAGGCAUACAUUUGGAUAAUAUCACAUGGACGAAAGAAAUCAAAAUAUCGUGGACUAUAACGAAAGUUUGCGCAAGAUAUCAAACAGCCUUGAGAAUGCCCUCAAGACCUUUGGACCUGCCUCGAGGCAGUAUCAAAACAUACUUGAAAUGUUGAAAGAAUGUCUCCGGGAUAUUGAGAACGAAAGCCAAAAGCAGAGCAAAGCCCAGGUGGUUGAUGCAGACAUGUUAAGCAUUGCCAUGGGUUUUCUAGAAAUUGGGAAAUAAAACUGCAUGUAUAAUAUAAUAAGCGAAAAGCUAUUGAGAGAAGAGUCUUGGAACUGAAGAGAGAAAUACCAAAAGCAGAUGUUAGACUAGAAAGGAA